AUGUCCGACACCACCAGCAGCCCGCCUGCCAAACGGCCCAACUUCUCCGUAAUCGCCUUGCUUCUCCAGGCACCGCUUCUGCCUCUCGUUGCUGUUAAGCGCCUCGUCACGUUGGCCUGCACAUUUGUUAUCUUGGCUAUGGGUAGGAUCUUACGCGCAGGAUCGGAGAUCAGAAGACACUCGUUCAUUCUUUCGCGGGAAAAACGGUCCUCAACCUCAAAAACGGCCCCCGCUGCGAAAGAUGCCGCCACCGAUGCCGCCGUAACCACCGUCCAGAUUGAGGACAUCACAUGCCUGAUCUGCCACGAGCCCAUCGGCACCCGCAAUGUCGAGGGUGUCAAGGAAGACUGGAGCAUGCUGCCGUGCGGCCACCGCUUCGGCAGCCACUGCAUCAAGCGCUAUCUCGGUCUGACCGCUGACGAGCAGCCACUGUGCCCGAUCUGCCGACAUGUAGCCUACCACGACCCCUGCGGCCACCCUGUGCUGCCCUUCCUGCUGCAAGCCGACGGCACUCAUCCGGAUUUGGUCACGGACGACGACGGCAAGGUACGCCCGCCGAAGAACGAGGAGGACUUGGCUACGACGGCGUGUGAUUACUGCUUGAUGCCGGACGAGGCUAAGGAACAGGUGGAGAUGGAGGCGGAAAAGAUCGCGGCUGAUGAGGCUGCUGCUGCUGCUGCCGCUGCCGCUGCGGCUGUCGAUGCCACUGCUAUGGCUACGGUGAAGUCGCCCGGCCGGAUGGCCUCGGUGAAGCGGCCGCUCCGGUGGCUACGGACACUUGUGCCUUUCACGCCGAGAAAGAAGGGCCAGAGGGCGUCAGAGGACUUGGAUGAGGACAAAGACCAGGAUCAGGACCAGCCUCAGAACCAGAAUCAGGACGAGCACGAGGCCGAGCAAGCGGCCGAAGCCGAAACCCAAGACGGAAACGCAGACCAAGCCCAGGAGGACGGCCAAGGUCAAGACGACGACGAAAACGAAGACCAGGCCGAUGGUUCCGCGUACGAGCGCUCCGACAGAACAGACCGGCGGCUGACCCGGCGGGAGCUACGCAAUAGAAGGAGGGCGCCGGCCAACGAAGGGUCUUGGCAGGGCCCGUGGAUGGAUGUGCAGGGCCGGGACGAGGGCUGGGAGAAAUGGUGGAGUGUUCAGCUCCCGAGGGUGGCUGCGUGA